AAAUGUAAAAAUAUAUUAUUUUAAAGCAAAAAAAAAAAUAAGUAAACAAAUACGUCUCGAUUCCUUAAACUCUAGAUCAUUCUUCACUCUCUUCACUUUCUCACUGUUUCUAAGAAACUCCCGAGUGUUCUCACGAAUCGAAGCUUCAGCAGUUUCAGAAAUGGCAAAAACAAGAGGAGGAGGACAAGUUGGUUCUCGUCGGAGUAGACGUAAUCAAGGCUUGGAUGUAGUAGAUCCAACACUAACAGUGAAGAAAAGAACAACAAAGAAAGUGGCUGCCCCAACAAAGGCUUUAGUUCUAACGCCAACGAGAAGAAGUAGUAGAAUCAAGAAAGUGGCUGCUCAAGAUGACGAGGUAGAAGAUGAGCUAGAAGAUGUUACACCAGAAUAUAUUCCGCGAGAUGAUGAGCUAGAAGAUGUUACACCAGAAUAUAUUCCGCGAGAUGAUGAGGUAGAAGAUGUAACACCGGAAGAUGUAACACCAGUGGCUGAUCAAGCUGAGAAGGCAAGGUCUGAAGAUGAUAAAGAAGAAGGAGAAGCUUGUUUGAAAGGACAGGAACAGAAAGAGGAUGAUGGAGAACCUGCUAAUAUGGUAGAAGAUGAAGUUCUCAAUGAGGAAGGGAACGAAGAAGUCAGCAAUGCUCAAGAUGAUGAGAUUCCUAGUAACGAAGGAGUUGAGCUACAAGGGGAAGAAGUGAAAGAAAAAAAUAGAAAAGGACCAACAAAGAUGCGUAGAGUGGCUGAAAAUCCUAAUGAAAAGGUUGCGGUCACAUUCACUGACUUUGGUGAGCAUGUUGGACCUGGUUCAGUAACACUAUCAUCUUUUCUUGGUCCUCUUGUGAGGGAACAUGUUCCGGUAACACUUUCUGAUUGGAGAAGACUUGAUGCAGCGACUAAAGCAACAAUGUGGGAAGAAAUUCAGGGGAGGUUUAACUUGCAAGAAGAGUGGCAUAAAGCUGUUAUUUUCAAGCAGUUGGGAAGCUUGUGGAGGGCUGGGAAGUCAAGGCUAGUGUCACAAGUACGGGCAGCGAAGACUGCUGCUGAGAGAUUAAAAUUAAAACCCAGCAACGUCCCAUCUAUACAAGUGUGGAACACUUGGGUUAGGAGCAAGACUACCUCAAGAUUCACGGAAAUAAGUAAUAGGUACCGAGAGCUGAGAAAAAAUCAGAUUCCUCAUACCACCAGCCGCAAAGGAAUGAUUCGUUUAGCUUAUGAUAUGAAAAAAAAGAGUCAAGACCCGAAAAAAGUGAGUAGGAGUAAGGUAUGGAUUGCGGGACAUACUCACGCUGAUGGUAGACCCGUGAAGCCUCAAUAUGCUGAGACUAUUGAACAAAUCCAGUCACUUGAUAGUCAAAUGGACUCUACAUCAGCUGCUGAUAACAUAAGGGAGGAUGCUGUCACCAAGAUUUUGGGAAAAGACAAACCUGGACGAGUAAGGGGGUUUGGUAGAGGGAUUACGGCUACUAAACUAGCAUUUCUGCAAUCUAGAGACGCAAAGAUUGCUGAUAUGGCUAGUGAGAUUGAAGAGUUGAAGGGCAUGAAAACUAAUGGUGAGACUGAAACAUCUGAGACAAGUGUUGGAUUCAAAGAAGGAGUCAGAGUACAAAUACUGGAUUGGUUUGAGUCAGAAGAUGUAGUUGUUGGUGAAGGAGAAUUUUGCUCUGAUGAACCGAUGUACAAAAUUGGUCGUGUGCCUAUUGGUCCUAAUGUAGUGGCUGUUAUUGUUAAGUCUGCAUUAAUCUCGGAAGCUUUUCUCUGGAGGCCUACGACAGAUGUAUUAUCUCUUGAGGACGCAGUGGGAUGCAAAGUAGCUUGGCCAAUAAAUAAAGUGGUUUUGGACAGGAAUCCAGUAGCGUCUCAAGAUGUAUCGAUGCAACACAAGGAAGGCGAAACUCGAAGAUGCAAAAUCUAUGACUGGACUUCAGAAGAAGAAGAGGUUAUUGCUGAAGGUCUCCUGUGCUCAUCUAAUUCCAAAGAGAUGGUUAACAAUAUACCUCUGGGUCCAAAUGCGGUGAGCAUUGAAGUGGUGAAGGUGUUUAAAGAUAAUGCUCAUUUGUGGAGGCCAACUGCGGAGAUGUUUUUGAUUGGUGAUGCAAUUAACGAGAAAAUCGCAUGGCCACUCCUCAAGUUUGAAAUCAUGGCUUCGAUCACUACAGCUGCAACACCUGCAAAACCUGCAGCCACGAAAACAGCAUCACCUACCAAACCAGCAAAGAAAAAAGCAAUGAGGUCAGGCAGCACUAGUACCACCAAAAGUGCAAAGCAGAAGUGUAUUCUCUUCGACUGCAGCAACACCGGACGUAAGGUAGCUGAAGGAAGAGUGGCUUCAACUGAUCCGAAAGAGCUGUGUCACUUUGUGCCCCUGGGUCCAAAUGCAAGCAAGGUGUGGGUUGAAGUGGCUAAGAUUGGUGAUGCAAAGGUGUGGAGGCCAAAUUCAGAGAUUGAAUACAUCUCUGAUGUAAUAGGUUCGGUUGUGGCAUGGCCAAAUGAUAAACUGAAGUUGGUGUGAAAGUCUGAAACAAUGUAGCUCUAGUUGUGUUUUUUUUUCUCGACGGCUCUAGUUGUAUUUCUAGUUUGAACUUAUGUGAAGUUAUGUGUAAUAUUUAUGUGUGAUAUUAUGUGUAAGUUCACAAACAAAAAACAAAUAUUAUGUGUAAUAUUAAGAUAUAAUCUUGUGUACUA